CUGGGGUCGACGGGAGAACUACUGAGUUGGGGGCCACAGAGCUGGGAUGCCCGCCCCGGGGCUGCGCCCAGCGUGGGGGAAGGGGGCGGCGCGACUCCCCCCCCACCCCCCCUUUGUCUUGGGCUGAGGAGAGGGGCUGCGCUCGGCCAGAGCAAUUAGCGCAGUGCCUGGCGCGCAGCGAGCUCUCGAAGUAUCCCGACCUUGACUGCAGCCCCAGCGCGGGGAGAAAACAGGAAAGGGAGUGAUAACUGGGCUGACAGCGGCUAAGCGCCCAGGCUGGCCAGGCGCCGUCACCACCCUUUCCUUCCCGCUGUGGCAGUCUUGGCACACAGGGCGCACGUGUGUCCUAGGAUUGUGAAAGAGGCAGAGCUGGGAUGCGAACCCGGGCCGUCUGGGUCUUGCCGGCUGCGCUAGGCUGAGGAAAACGCGUUCUUGAACCAGGCUUUGAACAUUGAGAAGGUUUGAUGGGUGGAGAUAACUGAGCGAGCUCUGCCCUAGUUCGCUGAAAGACCUUGGGAAGGCGUUUGAUGUUUGAGGGCCAUACUUUCCUCCGACGUGAAAAUGGCUGGACUUAGGAAGACUAAGAACUAAUAUGUUCACCUUCUAGCAAAUUACUGGAAGGAACAUGAGAAAUAUCCAUCUACAAGUUCUGACUGAACUACUUCUCACCACAAAACAUAUCCCGAUAUGUCCACUUUUCUGCAUUCCCACUGCUACCAUCCCGGUCCGGUUCACGACUGGCUUUCUCCCAAACUACUCCAACGACCUCCUAACUGGCUACCUAAAUCACUGGCCUAGGGUGACUCUUCUACCAAGUGAUGGACGUCUGCUGAAGCAAAGAGCCAGAUGCUGCGCGGAGACCCUCUGCACCCCUGCGAACAUGGCGCUGCGAGUGGCGCGGAGCGUGCGGGCCGCGGUCUGCAGCCUGCGCACCAGCUCUGCGCCCAACGCGCCCUGCCCGCCGCGGCCCUGGGGACUGCGGGUGGGCGCCGUCCGGGCGCUGCGCACUGGCCCCGCUCUGCUGUCGGGUCGUAAAUUCACAGACAAACAUGAAUGGGUAACAACAGAAAACGGUGUUGGAACAGUGGGAAUCAGCAAUUUUGCACAGGAAGCUUUGGGAGAUGUUUACUGUAGUCUGCCUGAAGUUGGGACAAAAUUGAACAAACAAGAGGAAUUUGGUGCUUUGGAAAGUGUGAAAGCUGCUAGUGAACUCUAUUCUCCUCUAUCAGGAGAAGUAACUGAAAUUAAUGAAGCUCUAGCAGAAAAUCCAGGACUUGUCAACAAAUCCUGUUAUGAAGAUGGUUGGCUGAUCAAGAUGACACUCAGCAACCCUUCAGAACUAGAUGAACUAAUGAGUGAAGAAGCUAUGAGAAAUACAUAA